AUGAGCGUACAAGAUCAGGCGUAUGAGGACGAAGGCCAACAAGGCCUCCAGGUACAAGACGGUGGUCGGAUUCCAGAAGGCGGAUUGUCUUAUCGGUUGGCGCAGUCUCUCGAUGUCCAUAGCGGGUAUUGUGGUGUUGGCGCUGGUGGGAGAAUUGAAAGGACUAGCAUCACCGAUGUCCCCAUGAUCAAGGUUGCUCGAAUAUCAUCGUCCGUGUGGACUUCUCCGGAGCUGGGGAACAAUAUUGUGGUUAUCCGUGAAGAACAGAGCAUGUCACUGGUAGGCCAGCCGCAGCAGCAGAAUGUAAAGGUGCAGGAGGUAUACAGUAUCGGAAUGAUGACAACGUGUAGCGAGCAGGAUCAGGAUCAGGGCGACCGUGGAAGGUGGCUGAGUGACGGAGGUGCUCAGUCGCACAUCGGGUGGGACGUAGGUAUUGACGAUCUCGCCUAUCGCCUCGGUAAGAGGGCAUUGUCCAAAGGGAGCUCGACCGGGAAACGCCGAUGA